AUGGUUUCGAAACGCGCGAAAUUCGAUGAUAAAAAGUUCGUGAAAUGGCCGGAUUUGCCGGCGUUCCUUCAAGAAAUCGUCAUCUCGAAUCUCGAUUUUCGGACAAGAAUAUCGCUUUCCGAAUGCUCAAAGAGUAUGAGACUCAUCGAAGCCGAUGCGCCUUUAAAUCUCAACCUCAUCGAGAUCACCGACAACGAGUUUUAUUGCGGAUUUCGCGAGAACAACGUCGGCAAUGAGGCGGUUCGCGUCAAAAUUCGCUCGACCAACAAUGGCGAAACGCAUUCGGCGAUUUUCAUGAAUAUGGGCGACGACGCCGAAAUCGUGUUCCCGAAAUAUCCGCGGCGCGAGUCGAUCAUUCUCCGCCACACCAAUUAUUACGAGGCCGGCGUGCGAUUGUUCGAGGAUUUGCUGAAACGCUCGAAAUACCGCGUCGAAAAUUGCUUCAUCGAAAUGGCUAAUUGGGAUAUUGGCAAUUCGACGGUUCAACAACAACUCCGAGGCCUCAAAAUCAUGCGAAUCGCGUUUUGCAGCGCUCAAAAUUUACGCGACACUCUUCGAAUUGUUCCCAACAAUCUUGACCGCCUCGAUUUAUUGGAUCGCAAUUAUGGCUCAUUGUCGACGAUGCUCUCGCCGCAAAUUCUCGGCCUCGCCCAAAUCGGCACCGCAAAAACGCUGAAUUGUCACGCGUUUUGCGAGCUCACCGACGAAUCGUUGGCGAGUUUAAAGGCGCAUGAGGCGACGUUCAGCGCGUUGUCGAUCACCAACGAAAUGCUCAACAAUUUUAUCAAGAGAUGGAUCGACGGCGACGUUGCGCCAACGGUGAAGCGCGUUCAAAUCACCGCGCGCAACGCGUUCAGCGUCGACGCGAUUCUCAAUGGCGUCGAGCAUCUCAUCGAGGUCGAUCGACAAACAAGCGGCGAUCUCAACGAGCUGCGCCUCAUGUCGAAAUCGCGAUCGGCGUCGAUAAGCAUCAACGACUCGACAUUCGUGUUUCACCAUCAUCAUUCCAUCGUUUGA